UGUGUGUGUGAGAGUGUGUGUGUGUCGCAGCUGCAAUAAUUUAAGGUGGAACGGCGAAUUCAACUUCAGGCUUGUCCGGUUUCGAGUCUUAACUUGUUCAGAGCUAGCCGAAUUAACCUAGGUCAUCCAGGGGUUUUUGUUCCACUUCAGGUGACCAUCAUGGCGGUUUUAUCUAAGGACUAUGGCUAUGUGCUGCUGACUGGAGCAGCCUCCAUUCUCCAGGUGCAAUACCUGGCUUAUGCUGUGAUGAAGGCUCGCAAAAAAUACAAUGUACAUUAUCCCAAGAUGUACAGCGAUGACCCAGAGAAUGGAAAUGUCUUCAACUGCAUCCAGAGAGUUCACCAGAACACUAUUGAAAAUCUGCCAUCCUUCCUGUUCUUCUUGGCUGCUGGAGGCAUAUACCAUCCACGCCUAGCCAGUGUUUUGGGAGUAAUCUGGAUUGCCGGCAGAGCGGUGUAUGCACAUGGAUACUCCACUGGAGAGCCGAAGAAAAGGAAGCGUGGAGCAUUUGGGGCUGUGGGUCUGCUGGGGCUGUUCUUGUGUACUGUGGACUCGGCUACAACCAUGCUGGGUUGUGGCUGCAAAUUUGAGUGGCCCAGAGGGAUGUUUAAAACUCUUUAAACAAAAAACACACUAAUAUGCUGUAUGUUUCUUUUUAAUGAUUUUGUUAGAUAAAUAAAGUCAUCAUACAUCAGAA